AUGCCUGCUCUUAUGCUUGCUAAAUCGCCUACACAAAAACAUACUAGUUAUCUCGUCAGUGUUUGCUGGUUGGUCUAUCAUUUGCGCAAUUGUGGUCUACUAGGGUAUGUUUUUAAACGAGAACACAUCGGCCGCUGCAGGCGCCUGCUUUCGGAAAACGUAACCCUCUUUAAAAAGACACCUGCGACACUUUCAUCAAUAUUAGCGAAUAUGAUCCGAAGCUUCAUAUACUUCUCCAGUGUUUCUACAGGGAAGUUUCAACGACGAAGCGUUUCGGAUGGUGGAAUUUGGUCAACCUCCACGGCUCUAACUAUCUCUAAGUUUGUCACCUCGAAUGCGACUGCCAAAAGGUGGCCGUAG